UCUCUCUCAUCAUCAUUGCUCUUCUCAAUCUUAAAAAUAUAGUCACUGCUCCAUUUUCUCUCUCUCUCCCUCUUUCUCAACUUUUUGAAACUUUGUUGCUUGAGUUCCCUUUUUCACGAGCAAUGGCUGAAAAAGCUAGGGUUUCCGUAGAAAAGGCCAAGACUUGAGAUUAGCUUAGACGGGUCUUCGUGAGAAUCCAUUAAAGACAUCAACUUUUGCCAUCAUAAGAAGUUGGGGGAAUUACUUCAACCAUAGAGCUGUCGGUGCUUGUUCCCAGAGGUCGAGCAUGUGAAGAAACCUGACCUCAUUUGGAGUUAAAUAGCUGAAAAACAGGCAACAUUUCUGGCAUUAUUUCGUCAAAAAAGCCCAGAAACGAACUUCUUUCUGCUUUUGUGAAUCUUACAUGUGAAGCAAUUUAUUGUUUUCACGCCCUUCCAACCGGUUGUUUAUUUAGUUUAACACAAUCUAGGAUUGAGAUUGUGUGGAAAUGGGGGUUUCUGGAUCUAUUAUUCUAAGAAUCUGUCUUCGUCAUACUUGGUGAAUGAAGUAAUGUCUUCCUUUGUGUUUAUGGAGAUAUCCGAUGACAUUUUGUUCAGGAUAACCAAUGAUUCUGUUUAGUAAUUUAAUUUUAAAGAGAUUUGAUUCUGUGAUGAUGGAUGAUAUUGGCCUAUUCAAGCAAGGAUGGAAAUGGCUGUUAUCCAGAAGGCAUUGUUAUCCCAUGGCUAGAACUGCCUUGAUCUCUUUCAAGGACAGGAUUGGUCUAGUUAUGGAGCGUCAUUGGCCGAUGCUUUGCAAUGGAUGUUCAAGCUUUGGAAGGUUUUUAUUCGUUUUGCUAAUUCAUUGGAAGGUCUGUAUUACAAGGGGAGUUCAAUCACUUAUUGGGUUGAGAUCUGUUGCACUUCUCUUAAUAAUGUGGAGUUGCUUUCUUAGCUUGACAUCCUUAUCUUGCCUGUUCUAUGUUCUCAUUAGUAUGGGGGGUGCUGGGAUUGCUGUUCAAUACUUGGGAUACACCCCUGGACUCUUUAUUGUAGGAUUAAUCGCUAUUUUGAUUCUUUGGAUGUGUGCUAACUUUUGGAUAACGGGUACCCUUUUUAUUGUUGGAGGGUAUUUGUUUUCACGAAAUCAUGCCCGUUUGCUGGUCUUAAUGGCAAUGUUGUAUUCCAUUUACUGUGUAAAAGUUAGGGUUGGAUGGUUUGGGGUUGCACUCUCGAUUAACCUUGCUUUCCUCUCCAAUGAUAUACUGAAUUACUUACUUCAGUGCUGUGAUAAUUUAAAUGAAAGCACACAUGUUGAGGAACAGAAGGAAACAGAGUCAUUUACAGAAGCUAACUUUUCUGAGGAGAGUGAGAGUGCAUAUUCUGUUCAUCCUGAUGAAGAUGAGAAAUUAGAUUCCUGUAAAACUGCAACCAAACCAGAUGAUAUGCCAUCUCCUUCCAUAAUAAACAAACAGAAAGUCUCUCCUACUCAACCGGUGGUCAAAGAAGAAACUACUAGUUCGAUCGAUGAGAUAAAACGGAUAUUAAAUUGUUCAGAUCAUUAUGAAGCCUUUGGGUUUUCCCGCCACAAGAAAUUCGAUGCUGUUGUUUUGAAAAAAGAAUACCUGAGAAAGGCCAGGCUCGUACACCCUGACAAGAAUAUGGGAAGUCCGCUGGCAAGUGAAUCGUUCAAGAAGCUUCAGUGUGCAUAUGAAGUUCUAUCAGAUAGUACAAAGAAAAUUGACUAUGAUGCUCAGCUGAGGAAAGAUGAACUGAAAAGUGUUUCUCAGAGAUCACAUCAGGAUGGGCCUGCUUACUUCUCUGAAGAAUCGAGGCGUAUACAGUGCAGCAAGUGUGGGAACUCACAUAUAUGGGUUUGCACCAAUAGAAACAAGACUAAGGCGGCUAGAUGGUGUCAGGAUUGCUGUCAAUAUCAUCAAGCAAAGGAUGGAGAUGGAUGGGUGGAGUACAAAGGAUCACUAGGCUUUGAUGGCUCUCAAAAGAAGAUGGAAAUUCCCCGGGCUUUUGUUUGUGCUGAGAGCAAAAUCUUUGAUGUUUCGGAAUGGGCAAUUUGCCAGGGAAUAGCUUGCAGGCCAAACACUCAUCGGCCAAGCUUCCAUGUGAACAUGGUUGGUUUGGAGAAGACAAAUUCCACGGGUGAGAGGAGUAAUUCAAGCAGAUACCCAUGGGACUUGGAUGCAGAAAUGAUGGAGGAUGAAGAGGAAGAAUUUGAGAUGUGGCUACAAGAAGCUUUAGCCUCUGGUCUUUUCUGUGAAACUUCCAAACGUCGAAAAAGCUGGAGUCCUUUCAAACUCCCUCAGAAGAAGGGGAAGAAGCAAUGGCGAAGAACAUCUCAGUGAUUGUAGUAAAAAAAAGAAGUCUUAUCUAUGAUUGGAAACAUUUUUUUUCCCCUUUUCUUCCAGCAACAUCCCCAAUGAUGUUACUUAAAAUUGCCACACACGCUCUAAGAAGAACAAAAGAUUCAUGUGGAUGGUUGACAGCAGAACUCGCAAGAAAGACAAACAGACAGAAACUAGAAUGAACCACCAGGCAGAGACAUUUGUUUUCCCUUUGUAAAAUGUAAAUACCUUUGCUGCCCCCUGAUUGUUCAUGUAGAAGGUUUUUUUAUUGAGUCUUGUCUUGGUCAUGGAAGAAGAACAUCUCUUAUUGUACAUUAGUAGUCAUACUUUUCUCUUUUGCAUGCUCAGUAAUAAAAUUUACAGACAA